GGUGAAAAAAACGUGGAUAGUGAAAGAUACAGAGUUUUUUAUUAAAUUCACCGUUGUUUAAGCUUUUGUGCCCCAUGUCCUUUCCCACCUGGAUUUAAAACCUGCACGCGGCUGAAAGAUGGGGAAGGUCCCCAAGAAGAGGAGCCUUGCUGACAAGGUUCGGAAAACCAAAACCUCUGCCGAGAUCAAAAACAACCCGUUUGAAGUGAAAAUCAACAGGAAGAAGUUUGAGGUGCUGGGUAGGAAGUCGAAGCACGACGUGGGUUUACCUGGUGUGUCCCGAUCCAAAGCAAAUAAUAAGAGAAAGGAAACCCUCCUGAAGGAAUACAAACUGAAGAACAAGUCCAGCAAAUUGAUCGACAGGCGCUUCGGAGAGUACGACACCAACAUGGCGCCGGAAGACAAAAUCCUGAAGCGGUUUGCGAUGGAGAGGCAGCGUGUCCACGAUAAGAAGGAUGUGUACAACCUGAACGAGGAGGAGGAGCUGACUCACUACGGACAGUCACUGGCAGAAAUGGAGAAGUUCAAUGACAUUGGGAACAGUGAUGAUGAAUCAGAAGAGAAGGGGCUUUUGUCAGCUGAGCUGACCGCCUCCCACUUCGGAGGAGGGGGGGGCCUCCUGAGGAGGAAAUCUCCGGGGGAUCAGCAGCAGCAGCAGGAGGAAGAAGGAAGCCACCGAGCCAAGUCCAGACAGGAGCUCAUCGAGGAGCUCAUCCAGAAAUCCAAGCAGGAGAAGCGUGAAAGGCAGGUACAGAAAGAGGAGAGCCAGGAGCUGACCGAGCAGCUGGACAAAGAGUGGAAGAGCAUCCAGGCCCUGAUGGUGAAAAAGACGCCCAGAAGUGAAAGUGCCGACCAACCAGAGGAGAAGCCAAAGCCGGAGGAGUACGACAAGAUGGUGAGAGAGCUCGUCUUCGAGAUGAAGGCUCAGCCCUCGGAGAGGAUGAAAACACCCGAGGAGAUCGCUCGGGAGGCGAGGGAGAAGCUGCAGAAGCUAGAGGCCGACCGUCUGAGGAGGAUGAUGGGAGAGGAAGCUGUGGACAGCACACAGAGUCAGACUCACAUGUCUGCUGAUGACCUCAAUGAUGGCUUCAUCCUGGACAAGGAAGACCAGAAGACUCUGUCUUAUCAGGAUGGAAAGUGGAACAUUGGAGAGGAGUCAGAGGAAGAAAAGGAAGAAGAAGAGGAGGGAGAAGGUGAAGAGGAGGAGGAGGAGGAGGAGGAAUCAGGGGCUGAGGAGGAAGACGGAGAUGAAGAAGAAGAGGAGGACGAGGAGGGCAGCAGUGAAGAAGAAGAAGAAGAAGAAGAGGAUGGCCACUCGGACCUGGAAUCUGAGCAAGAAUGUGAGGAUGAGGAGCGAAACAAGGAGGGUGAAGAUAUCAGUACCAAACCGAGUCUGAGCAAAGAGGAGCUGAAGGCCCAGCAGGAGGCGGCUAAAGCAGAGCUGCCCUACACGUUUGCAGUUCCAGAGAACUACGGCGACCUGCUAGACUUGCUCGACGGUCACACCCCUGACAAUAAGCGCAUCAUUUUGGCCAGGACUCAGAAAUGCAACCAUCCCAGUCUGGCUGUAGGCAACAAGCUCAAACUGCAGAAACUGUUUGGCUUUCUGUUGGAGUACUUUGGAGAAAUGACCAACUUGAGGCCACCUGAACUCACCACCGUAGACAAGCUCAUACCAGAGCUGUACACUCUGUGUCAGAUGUUUCCAGAUGAGGCCUGUAAAUCCUUGCAGAACAUCUUCGGAGACGCCGCUCGCUGCGUUGAGGAGGUGCUUGACAUGAGAGGGCAGGCAGAUUUGCCAAAGCUGGACAUGCUUGUUUACCUGAAGGUGACAGCCCUGCUGUUUCCCACCUCCGACUUCAGACACCCAGUAACCACUCCAGCGAUGCUCUACAUCAGCCUGAAUCUCACCAAGGUUCCAGUGAGGUCAUUACAGGAUGUGACAAAGUGUUUGGUGCUGUGCUGUCUGGCCGUGGAGUACUUCUCUUUUUCAAAGCGCUUCAUGCCAGAGCUCAUCAGCUUCCUGGUUGGGAUGCUACAACUUGCUGUGCAGGACAAGACGUCUUUAGGUUGCACGGUGGCGCCGCCCUUCAGGCCAUCAGGGAAGUGCAGCGAGCUGCUGGUGCUGUCGGACUCCGAGUCAAGCAAGAGCUGGAGCAAGAAACGCCUUCAGCUGUCCGCUACGGAACAGCUGGAACUCAAUACCGACCUUGACAGAGAUCACCACAGGUUGACGUGUCUGUCUACGACCCUGGACCUGCUGAAGCGCUGCUGCCUGCUCUACAAAGACCUCUUGUCCUUCAGUCACAUCUUUCAGCCAGUCAGAACGCUGCUUUCCAAACACCUUUCAGCACAAACCUUACCAGAGCCCAUACAGGAGCUUCACGGGGAGGUCUUAGAGCUCAUCAGCGGCGCUCCUGUGACUCACAGUCCGCUGGUUUUAGAGAAGAAGAAGCCCAUUCCUCUGAAGCUGCUCACACCCAAGAUUGUUGAAGUGUUGGAUUAUGGAAAGAAGCGUGGCAGCUCCAGGGAGGAGAGGGAGAAGGAGAAACUGAAGCACAAGUACAAGAAGGAGUUCAAGGGCGCUCUGAGGGAGAUCAGGAAGGACUCGCGCUUCCUGGCCAGAGAGAAACUCAACGAGGUCAUGAACAGAGAUGCAGAGAGGAAGAGGAAGGUGAAGGAACUCUUUGGCAGUUUGGCGACUCAGGAGGGAGAGUGGAAGGCCCUGAAGAGGAGGAAGAAGAAGUGAGAAACAGAAUGUUAGUCGUCAUCUCUUCUCAAAUGGACCUCUCCCUCCUCCAGAUGGAUAACAUCUACAAGGAGGAAAUACGUGAAACAGGGAGCUACAGUUUUUUUUUUUACGUUUACAGAUUUAAAAAAAGAAAUCACAGCAUGGAUAUAUGAAACUGUCCUAUCUCAACCACACUUGAUACUGUUUGAGGAGGUAGCUGUCAGGAAUUUGCACCAAGCAGCCAAAUACUGUGAUGUAGGCGUUUGGAGUGACGAUAGGAUGCUGUUGUUGAAAGUGUCAGUCAACACAGCAGAUAAUAUUUGGUUUGCUAUCUCCAUUUUACAACAGAAUCCAUCACUAUAAUGUGCUUUAAAUCUACAAUAAUAAAAAAAAGCAUGUUUCUUUUCUCCCAUUUUCCAUCAAC